GAUUUGUUGAAAAUGAAAGCGACGAGGAUUGGUAUCUUCAUCCAAGAUCUCCAGCGAGCUUUCCUACCGACCUGCUACCUGGAAGCAUGGCAUCAAUCGCUCCCCAGAUUCCAGAAUCGUUCAUAGAAGUACGGUAGGCACAAGGAUACCGUACGGUAUGGAGGUGCGAGAAUCCAGGAGGAAGUGUCAGGUCGCUGGUCAUUCUUUGCUGAAUGCAUCAAAAAGUUUUGAUUGAUUGCUCACAAUCUGAACCUCUGCGAAUAAAAACACAAGCAAAACAAUUCAUUUUCUUUUCGUUCAGUUCCAAAUAUACAAACACUGACCAUGAGCUCUCUCGAAAUGGACUACGAUACAAUUUUCCAGGUGAUGGACUCCUGGGAACUUUUGCGCCGUCUUCCUGACUAUGAAGCUACUGCUGGAUCCAUCCUCUUUACACAUCUCUUCGAGAAGUGUCCUUCGACGAAAGCAUUGUUUGGUUUCUUCCCGUUGGAUAAGACUGAGAAUACCGAGCUUGUGACGAGUACCCGCUUCGUGAAGCAUGCCCGGUACAUGAUUCAGAUGUUGGACAAGGCACUGAACAUGCUUGGACCGGAUGCCGAAAUUCUUCAAGAGAUCUUGACCGAUUUGGGCAAGAAACACUCCAGGAUGGGUGUCAAGGCUGAGUUUUUCCCUUUGAUGGGCGAAGCGCUGAUCCAAAUGAUGAAGGACUGCUUGAGGGAAAAGUUUACUCCCGAUAUUGAGAAAGCGUGGGGAAUAGUCUAUGCUGCUCUCUCGGGAGAAAUGGUCAAGGCCAUGAACGAUGACAUCACCGUCAUCAACAGCUGGAAUCAGCUCAAGAAGCUUGAGAACUAUGAGGAGGUUGCCGGCACAAUCCUGUUCCGCAGACUUUUUCAAAAGUGCCCCGAGACAAAGACUCUCUUCGGCUUUCCUGUUGAUAUGGACACGGAAUGUUCAAAGUUGAUGGAGAGUAGGCGCUUCAAGAUUCACUCAAAACACUUCGUGGAGAUGCUUGAUAAGGCUCUCUUCAUGUUGGAAGUCAAGAGGCUCGAGGACAACAUGAAACAGUUGGGCGAACUUCACGUCACCUACGGAGUCAAAGAGGAGUACUUCCCAAUCAUGGGGGAAGCCUUGAUCUAUACACUCAAAAAAUGCCUCCCCGACGAGUUUAACCCGGCCAUCAAGAGUGCUUGGAAUCACGUGUACUUGAAAAUGUCGACUCAAAUGAUCACGUCCAUGAAAGCUGCUGCCAAGAAAUAGAUUUCUUUUUGCCGCGAGAAAAUAGGAAGAGAAGGAGCCAUCGCUCAAACAACCAACCUACUCACCAACUUGGCAGCCUGGUCAAGCCCACGACGGAACGCACUCAAUACACGUUACCAACCCAUUUCCUAAUGCAUACAACUUCUAGAGUUACCUCUGCCCCGCCUUGUACGUUGCGUGGCUAGCAAGCAUUUGUUCUUCGCACAUCCCGGGUGGACGCU